CCGGCCCUGGCCCGGUCUCGCCUCGCCCCGGGUUCGCCGCGCCGCCACCGCCAGCAGCCGCAGCAGCGGAGGCAGCGGCGCGCCCCGCCACCAUGAAGGUGACCGUGGACUUCGAGGAGUGCCUGAAGGACUCGCCGCGCUUCAGGGCAGCUUUAGAAGAGGUAGAAGGAGAUGUGACAGAGUUGGAACUGAAACUUGACAAGCUGGUGAAGCUUUGUAUUGCAAUGAUUGACACUGGGAAAGCAUUUUGUACAGCCAACAAGCAGUUCAUGAAUGGAAUUCGAGACCUUGCACAAUAUUCCUGUAAAGAUACAUUGGUUGAGGCCAAUUUGAUGAAGUUCUCUGACACCUUACAGGAAAUGAUCAAUUAUCAUAAUAUUCUGUUUGACCAAAUCCAAAGAUCAAUUAAAACACAGCUUCAGACUUUCGUUAAAGAAGAUAUUAGGAAAUUUAAAGAUGCAAAGAAACAGUUUGAAAAAGUGAGUGAAGAAAAGGAGAAUGCUCUGGUGAAAAAUGCCCAAGUUCAAAGGAAUAAGCAACACGAGGUAGAGGAAGCAACCAAUAUUUUGACUGCAACUCGGAAGUGUUUUCGACACAUAGCUCUGGAUUAUGUUCUUCAGAUCAAUGUUCUUCAAUCUAAAAGGAGAGCAGAAAUCUUAAAAUCGAUGUUAUCAUUUAUGUAUGCACAUCUGGCUUUUUUCCAUCAAGGCUAUGAUCUGUUUAGUGAACUUGAGCCCUACAUGAAAGAGCUUGGAGCACAGCUGGAUCAGUUGGCUGUAGAUGCUGCGAAGGAGAAGAGAGAUAUGGAGCAAAAGCACUCCACUAUUCAACAAAAGGAUUAUUCCAGUGAUGAUACUAAACUAGAAUACAAUGUAGAUGCAGCCAAUGGCAUUGUUAUGGAAGGUUAUUUAUUCAAGCGAGCCAGCAAUGCCUUCAAGACUUGGAACAGGAAAAAGCCAGAUCAUAUCAGGCGCUGGUUCUCAAUACAAAAUAACCAACUUGUGUACCAGAAGAAAUUUAAGGAUAAUCCCACGGUGGUUGUUGAGGACUUGCGGCUCUGCACAGUUAAACACUGUGAAGACAUAGAGAGACGUUUCUGUUUUGAGGUGGUUUCUCCAACAAAGAGCUGCAUGCUUCAGGCUGACUCGGAAAAGCUGCGGCAGGCAUGGAUUAAGGCUGUUCAGACCAGUAUUGCCACAGCAUAUAGAGAAAAAGGGGAUGAAUCUGAGAAACAGGAAAAGAAAUCAUCCCCUUCUACUGGGAGCUUAGAAUCUGGGAGUGAGACAAAAGAGAAGCUGUUGAAAGGAGAGAGUGCUCUGCAGAGAGUGCAGUGCAUUGCUGGCAAUGCUGCCUGCUGUGACUGUGGUUUGGCAGAUCCUCGCUGGGCCAGUAUCAACCUGGGAAUCACACUGUGCAUCGAGUGCUCUGGGAUACACAGGAGCUUGGGAGUCCACUUUUCAAAAGUAAGAUCUUUAACGUUGGAUUCAUGGGAGCCUGAACUCCUAAAGCUUAUGUGUGAAUUGGGAAAUGAUGUUAUAAAUAGAAUAUAUGAAGCGAAGUUGGAAAAAGUGGGAGUAAAGAAGCCACAAUCUGGAAGUCAAAGGCAGGAGAAGGAGGCAUACAUCAGAGCAAAAUAUGUGGAAAGAAAGUUUGUAGAGAAGCAAGCUGCAUCAGUACCUCUGCCUGAGCCUGGAACAAAAGUUUUGCCUCCAAGUCAGGAAGAGAAAAGGCACAGUGGCCCUGAAAAAUCCCUUUUGGCAGGGGAACAAGGUGCAGCAUCCCACAAAGUGCGAAGCAGUGACAGUGGGAUCCAGCCAAGCACUGAUGACAGCAGAGAACACCUUGCCUCUACUAUAUCAGCCAACAGUUUGUAUGAACCAGAAGGAGACAAGCAAGAGUCUCCAGUGUUCUGCGACUCCAAGCAGCCUAGUCCAGGAUUGCAGUUGUAUCAAGCUGCCUUUGAGAAAAAUCUUCCUCACAUGGCAGAAGCAUUGGCUCAUGGAGCUGAAGUAAACUGGGUCAACGUGGAAGAAAACAAAGCAACACCACUCAUUCAGGCAGUGCGAGGGGGUUCAUUGGUUACUUGUGAAUUUUUGCUGCAGAAUGGGGCCAACGUGAACAUCCGAGACAUGAAAGGAAGGGGGCCCCUGCACCAUGCCACAGUUCUAGGACACACUGGACAAGUGUGCUUAUUCCUAAAACGAGGAGCAAACCAGCAUGCCACUGAUGAAGAUGGGAAAGAUCCAUUGAGUAUAGCAGUGGAAGCUGCAAAUGCAGAUAUUGUAACACUGUUGCGUUUAGCAAGGAUGAAUGAAGAAAUGCGUGAAUCAGAAGGACUCUAUGGGCAGCCAGGAGAUGAAAUUUAUCAGGACAUUUUUCGUGAUUUUUCUCAAAUGGCAUCAAAUAAUCCAGAGAAGUUAAACCGCUUCCAGCAGUCAGAUUCCCAGAAGUCUUAAGUGUCAAGAAGGAAAAGAACCUGAAGCUUAUAGUGCAAGUCUUUUUUUACUUUAACAGAAUGAAUUGUAUGCAUUUUGUUAGAUAGUUUGGAUAAAAUGACCACUCCAAUGUAGCUGUAGAUUGUGGUAGCUGGGGAAGUGUAUGAGUUGGUUUAUGUUCUCCAGUACAUAUACCUCAGCAGCUGAAGAUGUUUCAAGCCCCUGUGUCCCUGCUGGCUGAGUGUAAAGCAGCCCCUGUUCAUGGCCAGCUUUGCAGCUCAGGGGUGGCAGAGCUGCAGGGUGCUCACAGCAGCUCUGCUGCCCAGGGCCAUCGCUGGCAUCUGUCCCCCUACCCAUAAAUAAUGUGCCUCUGACAGAAGGUCUGGGUUGCAUUUUCUGGGACUGUUUGGAAGGGAAUCUGGGCAAUGAUUUACUGAGUUGUCCUUCCAUUUGUGGGAGUGCAGCUCAACAGAUUCUCUUGCUCCUGUGGUGACUCUGGUUAGAGGUAGGCUGUUCUUCACAGGUGCUCUUCUGCACCUGUGCUGCUCUUCUGCAAGCUCUUUCCCAGUGGAAGCUCUAGCACCAGGCUGGCCUUUAUGCUGGUGACUGCAGGUCAGUCACAAAGGGAUAUAUCCUGGGGACCAAAUUCCUAAGAGCAGUCCAUUUUUCUUUUUUUUCUUUUUCUCUUAAAUUGAACUUUCAGCACAGCAAGUAUCCUUCUAAAUGAGCAUGUGGAACCUUUCGUGAAAAAUAAACUUAAUCCUUUUGGACAUGAUGUGGGGUUUGUUUGUAGUAUUUUGACAUGAAAACUUGAAAUUUGAGACAUGAAAGUAUUGAGCCAACAAAGUUUGUGUAGAAUAGUUGUACAAAGGCUGUUUCUGCUUUUUGCUGUUCUCACUACAAGCCCUAAGCUCAGUAUAAAAGUCUCACGUCUUGCAGCCACUCAAAGUUUAGGGCAAUCAGUCCCUUCUAUCAGGAAGCAGUAGCCCUUGUAUGAUUUGCAAUGAUGUGUAUGUUUAUGUGUUGUCUAAACUAAGGUGAGCACAGGAAAAACUAGAAUUUCAGUGCACAUUUCUAUCAAGUAACAAAUGAGCACAGUCUGCAACUGUGUUGUGAGGGCAGCAAGACAAUUUGCUUUAUGCAGUAGUGAGCCCCACUCUGCCCUUGUGCAUGUAUAAAUGGUGUCUCAAGAUAUAUGCUUAUAUAUCAGGUUAUUUAUACCUAGAUAAAAUUCUCCUAAACCUUAAACCAGCAGAUGCAAUUCUUUAUCCUCUAUUUGUGUACCCUAUGGAGACAGCUUAAGCAGAGUUUUUAGGUGACAUAGCAUCAAUGUGAGUUUUCAGCAAUCCUAAUAGCUGUGGCAUUGUUAACUUGCUGUUUAAGUGUAUUUAGGAAAUGAAUUGGCUUUUCUCCUUGGAAAGAUAAGCAAAACUGGGAUAAAACAAGUUGAAAUCUGUAAACUAUGGUAAAGUUAAACUUUCUGGCACGUUAAGUUUUAAGAAGGUAUUUCAAAUAUGUAAUAGUCUGCAUAUUAUUAUUGCUACAAAAUUAGUAGUGUUGUAGAAUUGUCCAGUGGAUUUUAUUUCCAAGUAGAAUAGUCUUACAAGACAGUUCUUGCUUUGUAUGUGGUCUAAUUAUGGUAGGAAAAUCAGAUUCUGCCCAUUUAAAGUGCACAUUUAAUCUGAAUAAUAAGAAACUUAAGGAUAUCACCUGUAAGCAGUAAUUUUUAGUAAGUUGGUUUUUAAAUAGCUGCCUAUGAAAUGAUAAUAUACUUCCUAAUCAGCAGUAUUUACCAGGAAAUGGGUGUUUUAGUAGGUCUUAGAGAAAGUAAGAUUCCUGGUGUACAGAUGGGACAAUGUAAGAUAUGACUGCAUAACAUACACCUUAGACAUAGGUUUUUCUAAAUGUUUGUCUUUCCCAGCCUGGCUGGCAGGCAGUGUGUAGUGUGAUUGGCUGGAAUGUAAAGCUGCCUAAAGCUUAGUAGCAUAAUUGCUGUCUCAGUCCGGCUGCUGGAGAACAGGUCUGAGAGAUGUAUUUCAAAUCUACACUGGUGAUUUCCUCCCUGGCCACAAAAUCUCUGUGACAAAUUCUGCAGGAUGAUUUCUCUAGACUAAGAAGUUAUUUCUGUAGGUCUACACGUCCAUGUGUUGUGUUCCUGACUCUCAUCUGUCUGGGAAACAGUGUCAGUCAGUCUGUGCUAAAGGAUGCACCCCACCUGACUGACAGGUGAUGUGACUUGUCAGGAGCUCUGGAGUUUCAAUGGAUUAGGGAGUAGGUGUGUCACUUGUGAUCCUCAGCCUUGUUCCCCUGUCUUUUUGGGAAUGAUAGGAUGUCCAGUAUAAACUGCACUCAGUUAAAGCCUUUUUCAGGUGCAUAUAAACUUAAAUUUCUGAAUGAUCAUAUUGAGUUAUGCCACUACCUGUGUUAGAAUGUUGGAAUUUGUUCAUAUGGAUUUGGGUGAAGGUGAAUUUGGAUUGUAGAGGUAUUGUAGAGGACUGUAGAGGUAUUUUCACAAACAGCCCACAUUGCAAUCAGAUGGAUGCCUGUUCCAGGUGCUCAUUAGUACAUUGUGGACUUCAGCCUUUCUCCCCAUUAGGACCUGAUCCAGGAAGUCACUGAUAUCAGUGGCAGUCUUUCCACUGAUUUUGGAGAUUUUGGAUUGUACCAUUAGUGGCUUUUAAUGUUACAGUGCUAAAGGAUCCUGUAUUAAUACUGCAUUUUUCACUCUGUGGGGUUUUAUAUUUUACCUGUUUGUAUACUGAGCUGAAAUAGUUUUAGAAAAUGCAACCAGACCUUCCAACUGCUGUCAGCAAAUCCCUGUACAAGAGGAAGUUUCUCCUGUUUUGCAUUAUGACAUCAGUACACAUGUGUUGUCCAAAUUACUAGGUCUCCUGGAUAGAGCAUAAACUUUGUAGCACUAAACUAAAAAGGUGAGAACUAGAACAAGUGGAGGGUUGAUGUCAUGUUUCCAGGACUUUGGUGCUUCUCUGCAGCCAUCUGUUUUAAAUUGUGGAUGUUACCUCUGCUGCUUCACCUUGAGAAUCUCAAAUAACACAGUGACUAUGAAAUGACCCUUUGAUGAAAAUGCAAAUAAUAAUAUGUAAGUACAAAGGACGUGGUAUUUUUACAGUGUCAAAAGGACUUAGCUGAUUAUUCUGAUUCUUCAAUACACAAAGUAUUUUGAGAAUCAAUUUUUCAGGCUACAAUCUGUGCCCCAUUCAUUAUGGACACUUUUUCCCAAGCUGGAGUUUAUGGCUUGUGCAUUCUGACAACCAACAUGCCUUGCUCCUGUGCUUACACAAAGGCACAGUUUUAAAACAGGGACAACUCUGGAGAGGCACUACUGGGGAAAAGGAUGAGUGUACCACUUUGGUAUAUACCCUUUCAUACGCUUGCUUUAUCUUUUUGCAUACAGUAUUUUCUUGUUUCUCUUCCCAUGGAAGGAGAUGACAGAGGAGGAAAAAUUCCACUCCCUUUUCUGUUAGGAGCCUAAGUUUUCCAUGUUUUGACAGAAAUCGCCAUGAAAUCAUCGUUUCCUCAAGCAGAGACGUUACUUUCUCCGAAGUGAUGAACUUCUUUUUUUUUUUUUCCCUCCGCGCGUUCCUCUGUACUCGGUGUUUUUUAAGCAUUCCAGCAGUAAAAUGUAAAAUAACCCUUCCCCCCCUUAAGCUGUAAUUGUACAGACUGUAUACUCCGCCCUCCUUCGCGUUAUGUACGGCUGUAGAGUUUGUAUCUAAAACUUGA